UUUUGUAGAAUAAAUCAUCCGCGGAUGAGUUAUUGAUCCGGAAAAGCCGAAUCUGUGAAUAUCUUUCUAACUUUACCGAAGUAAGCAGAUCUCAGCAGACGUGCACUUUUCGGCAGCUGCCUUCGUAGCUCUUAUAUUAUGUCUAUGUUCGUAGCCACCAGCAACCGCAGAUGCUUUGUGCUCCGGGUCGAUCGGCAGUCUGAGCCAGACUGGUCUGUAGAACCGCUCAGCGUUUUCUUUGUGGAUGGCUGCUGUUUCGCCGCCGAGGAUCAGCCAGACAACAGCGGUCACAUGAUAACGAGGAAAGGCUGCGAUGGAGCCCCAGUAAGACCCGGCUGAACUGACUGCCUCUGUGGGUCAGCCACUGCUGAACACUAGCUGAAAGGUUUUAAUGUGAGGGCGUUGUUUCGCAGAAAACGUGGAAACUACAGAUUUGCGUGAUGUAGAGUGGAGGGGUGACGGGGCUCUUAGCUGAUUAGUGUACAGUUAAAGUCAGCACUUUGCGCCUGCGGCCUUUAGACUAAAAAGCAACAGGGUGAACGUCUGAGCUCACGUGUUUCAGCAACUUCACACACUUUAGACCCUGAGAUGGUUUGAGAUCCCACUUUGGCUUCAAUCUCCCCCUGCUUAGAAUUUGAGAUGCAAUGGUCAUCUAAAACAGUGCUUGCCUUUUGACGGUCCAUGUAAUCGAGGUUAGAGCCAAUGGACAGUCACUGCCUACUGCAUCUCAUCGUGACUUUACUAGCUGUGAUAAACUCAUGUCUGACGAGACUGACUCCCAGAGUUUCCUUCCCAAUGGGUAGCCCAGGGAGACGUCUUACGUGCUUCAGCAGCCAUGAUGUCAGUAACACCACAACCCUCCUUCUCAGUCAAGAUGGAGAAAGACUGUAUGUAGGAGCCCGCGACGCUGUGUUAGCACUGGAUGUUAGCCACAAAGACACUGUCCUUCUGAGGAGCAAGCUGGACUGGAGCCCUUCAGAAAAAGAUCUAGAAGAGUGUUCCAUGAAGGGCAAGGAAAUGGCGGACUGUCCCAAUUUCAUCCGAGUCCUGCAGUUCUUGAACAGCACCCACAUGUAUGCCUGCGGAACGUUCGCCUUUAGUCCACGCUGCACAUAUAUCAAUUCGGAGACACUCACAAUGAGUUUCAACACUGAUGAAGGAAGGGGUCGCUGCCCUUAUGAUCCCUACCAGCGCAACACUGCUAUUAUUGUGGGUGGAGAGCUUUAUACUGGCACUGUGGCAGACUACAGGGGGAACCGACCGGUUAUUGCCCGACACCUCAGUGAGGGCAGCCGUGUUGACCUCAAGUUGGAUGACACAUUAGGAUGGCUUGAGGAUCCAACCUUUGUCAGCUCCAGCUUCAUUCCAUAUGAUGACAAAAUCUACUUUUUCUUCAGUGAAGUGGGCAGAGAGUAUAACUUCAUAGACAAAUUUAUUGUCUCUCGUGUUUCCCAGAUCUGCAUGAGUGACAUCGGAGGUCAGCGGACUUUGCAGCGACGCUGGACCACGUUUGCCAAAGCUCAGCUUUUGUGCCAAGCUGGUAGUGAGCUGCCUUACAAUGUGAUCCAGGACAUUGACAUGCUACCACCAGCAGAGGGAGCUUCAGCAGAUGACACACUGUUUUAUGGCAUCUUCACCUCUCAAUGGGCUGCCAACUCCGGAAGGUCAGCGGUGUGUUCCUUCAGUCUGUCUGAGAUAAAGUCUGUCUUCGCCGGUAACUACAAAGUCCUCAACAGAGACACGUUACAGUGGAGCACACGAGUUCAAGACAAGGUGGCAAAUCCAGGAGAGUGUGGCCUCCACAACGCAUCAGAUAACGCUCUGCGCUUUGUCAAAGAAAACUUUCUGGCAGAAGACAGCGUGCGUCCGGUUGGAAGACAUCUAACCAUGGUGUCUACCGAGCGUGUCUACAGCCAUCUGGCUGUCCAGAGAGUCCAGGCUGCCAAUAAAAAGCUCUACAUUGUCCUGUUUCUGCUCACAGAUGCUGGUCACCUGCACAAAGCAGUGCUGCUCCAAGGUGGGCCCCACAUCAUCGAGGAGGUUCAGGUUUUUAAGGCCCCUCAGCCUAUCAGGAGCCUGAAGCUGUCCACUCCAAAGAGGAUGAUGUAUGUUGGCACAUCAGUGGGGGUGGUGAGGAUUCCAACCGCUAACUGUUCCUACUACUGGACCUGUGCCCAGUGUAUUCUUUCCCGGGAUCCGUUCUGUGGUUGGGACCCUGUCAGCAGGGCCUGUGUGGAGGUCUCUGACACCCAACCUGCUCUGAGCCAGGACAUAGAUGGCGGGAAUGUGGACGAAUCCUGUAACAGUAUUUCAUUACCACAUAGAUCCAAAUUUGGGCCAAACAAGUUGCCCACAGCCUCAUGUCCUGCAGGUGAGCUGGUGUCUGUGUCUCUGAAUGAAGUGGUGCGGCUCCACUGCCCUGCUGCGUCGCAGCUGUCCCAACAGCUAUGGGAGCGUCCAAACAGCCGACUGUCCUCAGACCUCUACCUUCACCUGAAGGACGGGAGUCUCAGCUUUGUGGCCACUCCAGCCACGCUGGGCCACUAUCUCUGCCUGUCAACAGAGAAUGGCUACCGACAGACCAUGGCCAUUUAUCAUGUCAAGCAGAAGAGCAGUCCCAUGGCCCAGACUCCAACCAGUUACACCCAGCUUCACACGCAAUCUCAGCUCACCACUCAGGCCGUAGCCAGACCUGGACUGCACACCUCUGUUGGGGAGGUACCUAAAACAACAGAAUCAAGACCAGCAGAGACUAAACCUUCACUGUCCACCAGGAAUAUUCAGGUCACUACCAGACAGCAUGGCAGAAACGGAACUUUGUGGAAGGAAUCUGGAAAUACAGAAGCAGAAUUCCCCCUGUUGUCGGCCCGCUGCCCCAGCUACCUAAAGGAGUUAGUGGUUGUAUCAGUUCUGCUGGUGCUAUGCCUCAGUCUGCUCAUCACAAUCACUCUGUAUGUUCUUAGACAGCACUGCCGGAGAAGGACUGCUCCUGCAACAGGAACUCCAAGCAGAAACUCAGAUAGGAGGACCCCUGAGGAACAGAAGGCCUUAAGGGAAAAUGAGUUUGUGAAGCACAAUGGUCAGGGGCCUCUUGGUGGACAUGCCAGUGGGUUGGUUUGUAAUGGGAAUUUUUCAGACUCUACACAGAAUUUGCCAAAUACUCCCUUCUGAGCAGCAGCUAAAGAGCCUUUCAACCUGUUAGAGAGAAGAUCACGCAUGAAGGGUGAAAGAUCAUCAUGUAGCAGAGUCACUUUGGUGACUGGGUCACAGGAACUGACACAACAUUUAGACUUCCUGUUCUGCAGCAUUUCCACCUACUGGGUCCGAGUGCUUCCAGUACAACCCGUUCCUACUAUAUAAAACCAUCUGACCACAUACCUCCCCCACUUGAGGUUUUUAAAGGGAAUUUGACCUUUUCCGCGCAAUUAAAUGGUAGUCGGAUUUUAAUAUUAAAAGCAGAGCUUGAUCUAAAAGCACAUCAGAAGUCUGAAUGUUAGGGUAAAUCCAGUGAAACUGUAAAACUAUUUUAUGAUUUUCUUAACAUUUCAAACUAUGCUCUGUAGCAAAGACCCACCUGUCCAAUAUGAAUUGAGUUGAGGCAAUUCAGAUGGCGUUCCACAUGUCACAGAUGUGCCUUGGAUGCCUUUAAAAGGUGGAGAUGUUAUGGUUUAUCUGAUUUUCUUUCAUCAAAUGCUGGACUUUUUUAAUGGCAUUGAUAAUCAUAAGCACCCAUUCUGAUGAAACUGUCAUUCCUCAUGUUCACCUGCUGCUCAAUAAAAAUUCUAUGUCAAA